AUGUCCAACCCAUGGGCUGUGCACUCAGAGACGUCAUUCACAUCCGCAAUUAAGCAGAAGGAGACGCGUCCGGAGAUGAGACGGCGAGGCUCGGAUGCUCCUACACGGAGGACAAGGGGUGACUACGACCCACAGUCCGGCAUGCAUAUAAGGUCGCGAACAACAGACGAUGGUACCUAUGGUCAUGCUAGCGUUCACCCGUUAUCACCGGCGACCGGGAGCAUGCUCGGUCUGAAGCGCAAUAGCAAUUCGUUCUCACCUCAUGAUACGCGUCCGCACCUGAAGAAGUUGCUGGAUGACGAAGAGAAUACGUCGGCCACAUCUGAAUGGCGGGACGAUUGUACGGCUGGUGAAGAGACGAGAAGUAGCGCGAGGAGGGAGGAGAAGGUGGUACUUAUCCACGAGGUCAUGCCGAACGACUCCUUGGCCGGUGUAGCCCUCAACUACGGUAUCUCUUUGCCAGAUCUCCGCCGUGCCAAUCAGCUGUGGCCAUCCGAUACCAUUCACCUCCGCAAGGUGCUCUAUAUACCUUUAGAGAAAGCACGUCGCUCAAGUCGUUUUCGUGUCGCGACCCUAGACAUAGAUGCUCAGUCAUCAGUUAUAGACAAUGACGGGGAAUCCGCCGAGCCCAGAGACUCUUCAACAUCAAAUGCUCGCAGCAAGGUCACUAUCCUUCGCGUACCCGCAUCUCAGCUCUCAUUCUUUCCACCACCGUCGAGUAUACAAAAUGAUUCACACAUCGUAUCGAAGUCACAAACUCUCCCUCGUCUCUCGCACGGCGCAACUUCUCAUCAGCCUUUUCCCGGUCUAUUUACGGAGGACGGAUCUUCAUCCCGGCCUUCUCCCCUAUCACCGUCCUCGUCUGUAUCACUUCACACAUCUACACCUUCCUCUCGUUACAUCCACAUGCGAGAUGGCUAUCUCGCUUCCUUCUUCACUUCCACGCCCAUACGCGCGAGUAUUUCGGUUCGGAACACCAUUUUUGGACGGCCUUCUACCGAUUCGACAAGCGCGACUGCAUCCACACAGAGCGACGACUUAGAAUGGAGCCAUGAAAUGGAGGAUGUCGGCAUCCCGUCGUCUGCAGGCAAGAUCUCUCAGGGCGACGAUCCACAGAGUCGUCGUAGUGCGUUCCUGCCUAGGCCCAGCUCUCCUGCCGUCAUCCGUACACGCGGCGCUGACAUUAUCGAGGGUGCCGUGGAAAUGGCGGCCGUACCAUCUUUACCUCUUGGAUCACGUACCCUGCGGCAGCGCGAAGGUCGUACCUCUAACCGCACGCUCGAUGCUUCUGCGAGCACGACAACGCAUGUGCGGAACACGACGUAUGCAGCUGAUGAGCGCGUACAUCCGGCCCCCGUUCCGUUGCGGACCGCGCAACUAGAACCGUCACCUAUGAUGCAGCUGCCGUUACCUGCGAGGAAAUCCAAACCGCAAGCAUCGUAG